AUGCCUGACAAUGACCAGCCCCGCACGAGGUUGAACAACGCAUUACAGCUGAGGUAUGGUGCCACUGUCCAGGAUGAUGUCAGAUGGGAGGUCUAUUCGCAAGGCCCUCUCAACGCUACAACGUGGUAUGCGACCAUCUGCAUUGACGAAGAGAAUUACGGCCACGCUUCGGCCCGCACCAGAGGUGCUGCUCAGGACGCGGCUGCGCAACAGGCUUAUGAAACUUUGACACGAGAAAGAUUUGCCCGAAACGACUUAUGA